CAACAAUUGCACUACUAAACAGUUUACACAAUGCAGUAUUCUGGGAAAAUGUGGCGAUAGAAUCACAAGAGUGGGUGUCACAUGAGACCAAAUCCCCAGAGUGUGAAAAGUGAAACCGAAUCUGUCAAAGGGAUAAAGAUAGACUUUUGACCUUUAGCACACCUUAGGUUGAAUUGCCAGAAAGCAAGGAUUACGAAUCACAAUGACACUGAUGAAUUUCUGUACACCAAAAGGAACACAUUAGCAAUAUAAUUUUGUACAGUGAUUGUAUUUCAAUGAAACAGAAUAGGUACAUAUUUCGGAUUCUUCUGCAUGCCGCAAAAGCAAGACAGAAAAAAAACUUCAGCGUCAUCACUCAAGGUGUUUAAAUUGCAUUAUAACGCUGGGUGAUGGCAAAUUAAAUUGGCUACAAAAUGUCAUCUAUUCCACAAGCUGCAAACGCCAUCCGUUUCACAGCAAUAAAGACGCUGACAGGAAUUUAUCUCACUCUUGAGGAUUACCGAUAAACAUCCACGUCCCGAAAAUCAUACAAGUCACACCCAUGUGUUGACCACCAUCGCAUUUGCGGAUAUUUCUCCAUUUCUGAUUGAAUUUAUGACGUCAUAAACACAAGUGAUGUCACUGUAAUUAUGACUCCAGAGAGUGUCGAACUUAUGUGGGAAAGAAUCUCUCAAUUCGUCCUCCCGCGUGUGUUAUCACUUGACGGGAAGAUGGCUGAGCGGCGAGGGAAGCGCGUGUGAUACCAAGAGUGAUAACGACAAAUUGGCUUCCCCUUUGUACCUCAUUAGAUCAUGCGCUCGACAAUCAUGGUGGGGAAUGCGUUCACCCUAUAUAAAGGAUACAGUGACUGAGUCCUUCCUUAAAACAUUUCAACAAGUGUCUGUGGAUUGACCAGUUGCUUCACGCACUCCGUGGGAUCACCAGAGAAGCUCCUGGCAGGCGUUGAGCCAGAAUCCUGACACUGUAGUCAGAGCCACUAGUUGCCAACGGAAAGUGGAAAGUGCUUCGCGGAGUAUCAAAUGAUUUUUCAUCAAUUUCACGAGUGGAAUGUGAAUUCUAUAAAUAAUCACGGAAAGAAUUAAGAGAGCGAGAGCGAGAGGGUCAAUCGACAAAUUGCAGUUGAAGAUUGCCAAUUGAAUAAUGAUUAAUUCGAGCAUAAUAGUGGGGUUUGUGAUUCUGUGUUUGGCAUAUUGUGAUGCAAUUGCCUUGCCAAAUCACUACAACAUGAUACAGACCUAUAAAUCAGACCCAGCACCGAGUUCUAAUGGAAAACCACCACUGAUCAACGUCCAGAAUCCAGGUCGAGAAGACAUCUCUCACAGAGGUGAUUUUGAUGAUUCGGCGGAGGCGAGAAACAUCGACUUGAGACAGGAGGAGGAAAUAGCCCUAAAAUAUGCAUAUCUCAUACAACUACUGCAGGAGCCAACACGAGACCCGUUGCCAGUGAUUUAUGUGGAAAGCGAACAAGUGGCUGACGACGAUUACCACGAUGAUGUCAUGGAGAAGAGAUCGGGCAGAUACUACCGGCGCUACCCGUGGAAGCGACAGAACAACCGUUACCGAACUUACGAUGCCGACUCCAAGUACAUGUGUGUGCCGAGUCGCGAGGACGUCUUCCGACUACUUCUGGGACUCCAUGCCGUCUCUGUGUCCGGUGAUGAGCAGAAAACUGUGACUUUUUGCAGUCGCAAGCGCCCAGCAAAGGCUGUCUUCACAAACAUCCGCUUUCUGGGCUGA